AUGAAACUCUUGGCUGACUCUCCAACUGUUCACUGCCACGUCCUCCUCCCCGUCCGCGUGUGCGGCGACCCACCCGCUCCUCUCUCUUUUUUCUGCCUGUCUCUGACCCCGCUACAUUGCGUGAGCCUGCACGACCGUCGAGUUAUGUUACGCCUGACGUCUGACCAUUUUCCUAUCUUCGUUCCCCUUGGAGUCAUUGGAUUUUACAGAUAUCUCUGGUACCUCAUCCGUAUAGCAGCUUCGCUCGUUUACCGGCCCAUCCCCCUCCCAGAGAACCCGACCUAUAUCGCGUCCGAGGAUGUCACCAUCAUCGUGCCCACUAUCGACGCCGGCGACGAGUUCAAGGAGGCCGCGCACAGCUGGCUCGCGGGCAGCCCGAAGGAGAUCAUCAUCGUGACCGAGGAGAACAUGCGUGGCCCGCUGCAGGAGCUCGCGGACGCGGUCGACCCGGCACGCAUCCGCGUGCUCACCGUACCGUACGCCAACAAGCGGCUGCAGAUGGCGCACGGGAUCAAGCACACGACCACGGACAUCAUCGUGUUCGCGGACGACGACGCGAUCUGGCCGCCGACGCUGCUCCCGUACGUCCUCGCGUGCUUCGAGGACCAGCGCAUCGGCGGCGUCGGCACCUCGCAGCGCGUGCAGCCCGUCGGCGCGCGCAUGACCGUCUGGGAGGUGCUUGCGGCGUUCCGGCUCAGCAUUCGCAACAUCGAGAUCGCGUCGAGCACACACAUCGACGGCGGGAUCCCGUGCCUGUCUGGGCGCACCGCCGCGUACCGCACCGUCAUUCUCAAGGACCCCGCGUUCCUGCACGGGUUCACGCACGACUACUGGCUCGGCCGCUACCAGCUCAACUCGGGGGACGACAAGUUCCUCACGCGCUGGAUGGUCAGCCACGGGUGGGGCACGUACGUGCAGUGCUGCAGGGAGGCGGAGCUGCUGAGCACGAUGAAGCCGAACUGGCGGUUCCUCAAGCAGGUGCUCCGCUGGACGCGGAAUACGUGGCGCUCGGAUAUGCGCUCGCUCUUUACGGAGAGGUACAUAUGGACCGCGCACCCGUACGUCGCGUACACGAUGGUCGACAAGCUGUUCAACCCGCUCACGCUCCUCGUCGGGCCGUGCCUCGUCGCGUACGUCGUCUACAAGAGCACGAUACCCGUCGCGGACGGCGGUUAUCACCUGCCCUGGUGGAACGUGAUCGCUAGUUAUGCGGUGUGGCUGACGGCGACGCGCACGGCGAAGCUGCUCCCCCACCUAUGGUACCGCCCGCAGGACAUCAUCUACGUGCCCGCGUUCAUCCUCUUCGGGUACUACUUCGCCAUCAUGAAGCUCUACGCGCUCUUCACGCUGCACGAGACGGGCUGGGGCACGCGCGCGGGGAUUGGCGACCCGACGAAGGCGACUGCUGCCGCGGACGCGGGGGACGAGAAGCUGGGGCCCCCUGCGCCGGCGUAUCACGACCAGCGCCAGUACGAGCAGCCGCCUAUCGAGAUGCGAUGA